AUUUUUUAUCUUUCAUUUUUCAUUUUUCAUUUUUCAUUUUUCAUUUUUUGUUUCAUAAUUUAAUACAUUUUAACAAAAUUCAAUACCCACUUUUCAACAAUAAAGAUAUAUAUUAAUAUAAUUGAAUUUCCAGUUUCAAUUAUUACUUCCAAUAUUGUCAACUUGAUCUUUAUUCAUUAUCAUUCAUCAAUCUCUAAAAUGAUCUUAUCUCGAUUCUCUCCCUUUAUCUACCAUUCUUUCUUUUUAUUCUUGUUAUUAAUCCCAUUAUCAUCCUCUGCUCUUCCACUAAAUCUUCGUCCCAUUCAUCAAUUUCAAAACAUUCAUACCAACAUUAAUAAUAAAACCAAUUAUAACCAUUCUCAUAAGAAAUAUUUGCAGAAAAGAGAUCCUUUAACUAUCACUUUAACUAAAGUGGAAGUAGUAACUCAUUUUAUAGUAACUCAACAAGUUUCCCAAUCUUUAGAAAUUAACAACUUAUCACAAUCCCCAUCUUCUUUAUCAUCUUCUUUACCAUCUUCUUUAUCGACUCUCUCUUCAGCUUCAAUUUCAUCAACUCUCUCAUCAGCAUCACCUUCUUCCACUUAUGUCUCAGAGGAAGCCUCUCUCAAUUCUCACAUAAACAUAGAUCCAGCUCAAGAGGGUGCAAACAUUAUCCAUAAACUUUGGCAACGAUUCUGGGACGACUCAACCUCCCAAUUCUUAUCUGAUCCAACUUGUAGUGACCAAAGAUCUACUCACGUAGUCUGGGACACAACCGUAACAUUUCAAGCUAUAGCCGAUGCUGAAAUCCUAUUCCCAACCCAAUUCUCUUCUCAUUUAUCGUUGGUCUAUAACAGAUUGCAAAAUUAUAAAAACUCUCAGCUAAACGUCUAUUCAGCUUCAACUAAUAAAGAUCUAGACAUCUAUUUAGACGACAACGCCCAAAUUGCUUCCGCCUUCAUAACUGCUUUCGAAGCGACUAACAAUGAAACCUACCUCAAUGAUGCUAUAACAAUAGUAAACUUCCUAUCUUCAAAUUGGGAUACCCAAUAUAAUGGUGGGGUUUACUGGAAAUACCAACAUGCUUACAGAGCUUCUAUCUCCACUUCGGAAUCUGCCCUAGCUGCUCUAAGAAUUUAUCGUUAUACUGGUAACCAAACCUUUCUAGAUUUCGGUGCUAAAUGUAUGGACUGGAUUCUUGAAACUUUGUUAGAUCCUUCUGACAAUUUGAUUUAUGAUGGCAUAACUGCAGAAACAACCAAUAAAGGUAAAUUGUCCUACCAUGUAGGCACUGCUUUGUCUGCUACCUCGUACCUUCAUAGAAUAACUGGUCUAUCGAAAUGGCAACAAUAUUCUGAAAUUUUGUCUUAUGCUGCAACUUCAAGGGAAACUGCAAUCUAUUAUAGAGACUUGCCUCAAUUAGAUAAAAGGUUUUGGAACAAUCCGUUAAAAUAUUCAGAACUAUUGUUUGAGGGAUUAGCUGAAUAUCUUCUCUUCAGUAACCCAACCGAUUACCAAGUUAAAAAUGAGCUCUUAAGAGAGGCAAGAUACAUAUAUAAAUGGCUCAAAUCCGACGAUGAUGGUCUAUAUUUCCAAACAACCCAGCUAAACAAAUUAACUCAAGAUAUCUUUGAUGAAAUGUGUGUUGUAUUUGAAACUGACAUCUUUGAAUAUGAUCCUGAUCCAUCUGAAUAUUGUGAUGGUGAUACCUCAAAUCCAAUUAAAAGAACUUUGUUAGCAACUGCUGCUGCUGCAAGAAUCUUCUUGCAAACCAGUUUAGUUACAGCAAUAAUUUAGUUUUACAUCUAAAACACUGCAAAAUAACAAUCAAUUUCCUGAUUUGUAUUUCUUUUUGUUUAUUUUCAAGCUAUUCUCAACCCUUUUGCUAUUUUUUUCUGUUUUGCUAUUUUGCUUCUCCAUUUUCACUUAUUCUUAUCUUUUCGUUUCCCUCUUAUUGAACAAUUUACUUGCUUUUUUCAUACAAAUCUCUCUCUAGUUUAAAACCCUUUUGUAAUAUAUUAUUGCCUAAUUCAACGUAAUGAUAAUCAUCAUCAUCAUCAUUAUUGUCACUGUAAUUCUAAUUGCAACUGUUACAAAAAUCGUAGGCAAGCAAUGAACUCAGUUGACGCAAUAAACUUUUUAGUUUUUUUCCAACACAUUGCCUUUAUUUUUCACUCCCUGAAAUUGUCUGACUUCUUUAGCAUUUUAGAACUAUUCACUGAUUUCAAGCUGAAUGAUUAUGAUUAAAAACAAUUUAGACGUUCUUAGGUUUUCUUGUGAUUCAGUAACAA